CACAGUCUAUCCUGUGUGGUGUCACCAGUUGGCCACAUAACUCCUGCACUGAGUCAGGGGCUGCGACCAUGGCGGGAUGGACGCUUAUCUGUGGAGCUUGCAUCGCGAUCUUGUUGCCGGGAUUUAGAUUUGAAGGGACAGAUGACACCGUCAUCCUGGUGUCCGACUGGUCUGUUCCUGGAAAGGUCCACAGCGUCAGCAUGCAGCACAUGAACUUCUCCACCAUCCCCAUCACCAACAUCUCUCGACCUGUUGCCAUUGACUACGAUCCGAAAGGACACAAUCUCUACUGGACCGACGUCUUCUUGAAACAGAUUCGUCAGACGAGUCUGUAUGAUGGGACGGAUCAGGUUCUGGUUCAGCUGGGCGACUCUGCAACACCAGAUGGAAUUGCUGUUGACGUCACAGAGAGGUUGGUGUUUUACACCGAUGCUGGUAAUGAUGUCAUUGCUAAGGUUGACCUGGAUACCCUUGAGAGUCACGUGUUGAUUGACAAAUAUCUCCAUGAGCCGAGAGCCAUCACUGUGUACGCAGAACAGCGACAAUUGUACUGGACCGAUUGGGGCACCACUCCAAGGAUAGAGACGGCCAGAUACGAUGGUUCGGACAGGAGAACACUAGUGGCAACCGACCUAAUCUGGCCAAAUGGAAUCACACUGGACAAACAAAAUGGUCGACUGUAUUGGUGUGACGCCAAGAUGAGGGUCAUAGAAUCCGUGCUACUCGAUGGCAGGAACCGGACGGUUCUGUUGUCUGAGUCCACGGCCCACUACUUCGACAUCUUCCACCACCAAGGACGCCUCUACUUUACAGACUGGCAGAAACAAAGGUCUAUUCUGUACAUCCCGACAUCUGGCGGAAAUGUCAGCUCCCUUCAGUCCAACGGUUUCUCCCACCUCGCCGGCAUCCACGUCACCUCCAACAUCUCAGAGCCAGUUUCGAUUGUAACAUCUUACACGACGGCAGUGGCGCCUUUAACAACAGAGGUGAUGGAGGAAAACGGUUCCGGGGAUGACGCUACGGUGACCAAGGAGGAGCAGGCCACACCUGCACUUGGAGAAUCACGUGCCCAAGAGCAGUCAGGGAUACACUUGUCUUUUGUGCAAACGAUGUUCGUGGCGCUGGGGUGUGUGUCGGUGCUCCUGCUGAUCGCUGUCGCUUUCCUCGUCACCUUCUAUCUGCUCAGACGAAGAAGAGAACAACGUCAAGAAACGUACUGCUACUUGGACCGUCAGCUAGGUCAGGGGCCGUUCACGAACAACAUGUACAUGGAGAUUGGAGCCACCAUGGACAGCAACUCGGAGAUGUAUCUGGUCCCAUGUGACGAGCUGAAGAGAUGCAAAGAGGACGACCCCAUCUACGAUGAAAUCGGAGACGCCAAGAAAUUUUGAUUGUGAAAACGUACUCCGUAUGUUACAUAUAGGACGGAGGAAUGGUGUUUCUGUGGAUUCUGGAGGAGAAAGAGCACCAUGACGUGCUGCCUGGAGUCUUGAACGUUGUGUACGGUAACCCGUUACAUUCUACAUGGAGAAAGGUCUGCAGAAGGCAA